AUGAAAAUAAAUGAAGGGGAAAAACUUCGUCGUAAACUAAAAUUAAAAAUUGCAAAUUGGCCAAUUGUUUCCUUUUUGUUUCAUACACCAUUCUUUGAAGGUUUCUUACCACAAAUUUUUAAUAUUAACCCAACAUUUGAUUAUCACAAUGUCAAUAAUAAUAUCAAAGAAAGAGGGUCAAAAAUUGAAGAAAAAACAAAAUUCUGGUUUAUUGAAUUGAAAGAGAUUCAUGAUCAAGUUAAUUCACAAUUUAAUGUCACCACCACACAUAAUAAUGAUCAGUUUACUAUGAAUUUCCAAAUUUGCAUGAAAAAUUUUUGGGAUAGAAUUGUGUUAGAAACUGAUUGCAUUAGUAAAUUUGAAUCUAAAAAAAGAAAAUAUGCAUUGAAUAAUGAAAAAGGUGGAUCAAAAGUUCAAAAAAGCAGUUAA